GAUUAUUAACUGAAAAAAUCAUUGGCAAGUCGAUGUGGAUGUGUGCCACCGUCGCCGUGGCUUGCCAAAAGAUUUAAAACGAAGGGCACGGCACAACGACAACCGCUGCUACGUCUGCUUUUGUUGUUGUUGCGGGGUGGUAAAGUAGUUAGUAGUUUGUGUGUUUUUGAAUGGCAAUGGGAAGGGGAAAAUCAUAAGUCUGAUUAUUUGAGUCUGGGAGGCCAUGGAGACUGAAUACCAGAAUUACGUGGAGUCCUUGUCGAGCGCGUCCUCUGACGACGACGAUUUUUCAACGGUGGACAGUUCGGAUGAGGCAGAGGAGCCCGCUUUGACUCCAACACCCAAUACACACGCGCUGCAAUCGCGAAAUUUUGUGCAAAUGCUUCACGACAGAGAACGUACGGGCUUUUUCUCUGGUCGAUCAUGUUUGGGCCAGAAGCCUCAAAUUCCAUACGAUAAGGUGCCAAAUAGACUAAAGUUAUAUCUCAAGGACUUACUACCCAACAAUGCACUAGAAGGGCACGUGUUUAUGGGUUUGACCGCUUGUGGCCAGUAUAUGCUUAGCUAUCGGGUGGUCUGCAAUGACAACACUAUGCUUAAUCAUUAUUCCUUCAAUGUGGGCUACAAGUACAUCCUCUACUUCUGGAUCUUUCAACCGCACAAAAAACUAAGGCACAGCUUUUCGCGACGUCUCUUCGAUGAUCAUGUCGUGGACAAUAUAAAAACAGUGACCAUGGCACAAUGGAAAAAUGCUGACAAGCAAAUAUUGUUGGUACAUGGCGCUGCGAUAGAGGAAAGUGAAGAAAGCUACAUAACAUACGUAAAAGUUCCUAAACUAGGUUGUUUAGAAUGCAAGAAACUAAGAGAUGACGGUCCUUAUUCCUUUUACAAUGCACACUGCCUGAAUUGUAAUCUGACGGUGCACACAAAAUAUUCCUCAACGGAGACAGAUCCAACUUUUGAGCCGCACAUAAACCUGCUCUGCCCGGAACGCAUAUUGAUCAUCUCGAAUGGGUUCAUGCAUAUGCUGCGCAUUGAUGUUGACACGCCGGCCGUGUCUAUGGUCAGCGGUGUAUUGGUGCCGCAAGAAAGUUUUUGCAUACCCGGCACACCACAGACUCUGGUGCUCCCCAGGACGCCGCUGCCCCUCGAUGAGGAACGAGGACCAGGCUCUGAGACGGACUCGGGCAGCAGUCAGAGUGUCGUUGCACGCAUAAUAGCUGAUUUCAGUGACAUCGAAUCGGAUCAUAGCCAACGAAGCAACAACAACGAAGUUCAGCAAAAUAUCUGCUUCUCACCAAAGUCCUAUGAUAAGUCCAUAUUCACGCCCAACUACUAUCAUGCGACAGGCACUGGGACAUCUGCGACAAAUAGCAUAGCUCUACCGGAAACAACUAUACCGGCCUCUAAGCAGAACACAUCUGUUACAGGCGAAGCCAACGGCCUAAUGGUCAGUCACUCGCGUAAACGCAACGAACGCAUUGUCACUAAGUCCUAUCGCAGCGGCAUUACUACCAUAGAACUACAAAGCGGGGCCAGUUCGAGCUCUAUGUCGGAUAAAUCAAAUGCCUAUGAAUUCUCCGAGGACAAUGAAAAAUGCGAGAAGAUCUCAACGUUUCGCAAGCGCCGCCUUGCCGAGAAAAAGUACGAGUUCUCCGAGGACAACUCCGAGAACAUUAUUCCUUUCACAAAAAUACGCUCGGCCGGUCGGACAUCGGCGCCACACUUUAGCCCAUCGGCUGGGAGCUCUGGCGCACGCAGCUUGCAUCGCUUUUCACCUACGGCACACUUUUUUCACAACUCGCCAUGCGCAUCACCUUCAUCAUCGCCACACCCUGCACAGCCAUCUCAUACUCCGCCGCCACCACCACACUUGGGCUUUCGUUCUCCGCCCUCCGGUUCGAAUCUAAUGCGCUCGCCUAGUCGCCAUGCCAACACUUCUGCAGUUGCAGUUUCCCAGAUCUAUAACCAGAAAUCUCCGCCACUUUCGCAGGCCACACAGCAAAUGCUCAGCUAUAAGCCAGUCGGGCCGCUUGGCGCCCUGUCACCACUGCAGGUGUCUAUGGCUAAGCGCUUCGAGAUAGGCGGCUCUAUGUCUCCCAAUGCUGGUCUAUCAUUUCUUUCACCGCGUCGCGAAGAGCCGCGUAUUGUGGAGGUUCCCGUCCAGGGUGGCACAAUGCCUGAAAAACCAGUCUGCACAAAGAAACUGCGGCGUUUGUUUGUAGAGGAGGACGAUGCCACGUCGGUGAUAACCAGCGAGGAAGACGAUUGCAUUUCGCCGGGCUAUCAUACCUCGCUGCCGAUGGAGGUGCACGGAUCUUGCUAUUCGGAAAUGCAGAUGAUCUCACUGGCCUCCUAUCAGAGACUGCGCUGCAAUAGUGUCAUCAUUACACAGCACUCCUUCGAUCUGGAAACAUUUACCUACUACGUCAUAAGCAUGCUGUGCCAAAAGCAUCAGAAGAUCUACAAUGUGUUCUAUGACUGGGCCUACGAGAUCAUCAACAUGUGUCCAUUAAGUCAGACCAUCAGCUGCCUGCUAAUGGCCCAAUUCUCUGCUCGGGAUCAGCUGCCUACCGCUCCCACAAAGUGUCUGCACUGCACAGGGCGGAUGGAUUGUGCAUUUCACAAUCGUCAGUAUGAGAGCCGCAUCCUUUUCAACUGGAACAUGGAAUCGGGAGUGUGGCAGGUGCUGGACUACGGCGAUAUGAAAGAAAUACUCGCUAUGGAGCCUUUCGGACCGCUUAGGCGUCUUGGCACGUCUCGAUUGACGUUCGCCGAAGUCGCAAAGAAAACGGCACAGGAGCUAUCAGCCAGCCUGAACAAGUUGCCAGAUUAUGCGUGUCAUUUGCGCGUGCUUAACUCUGAUAUUAAGAAAUCUAAGUCUUUCAUUUGCGAUAUGGACAACAUGGUGGAGUUUCACUUAAAACGUGCGCCACACACAGCUUUCUAAGCACUCAAUUAUCUUUUCCAAUUCUUUGUACGCCAAACGCUUUUGUACAAACUAUCGCCGGCCGAACGGCAAGUUCAUCUAGUUCAGUUCUAAACAUAACAACAUGUGCUGUAUUUAGUUUUUAACGGUUACAUAAGUGCAACGAUAAACGCUUCGGGUAUAA